AUGGGAUAUGUACGGAAUUUGCUUCACUCGUAUUCGCAUCGAUUUGUCCCAUCGUUAUUCGCGAGGAUUGCCGUCACCGAGCUCGCGAAUUUGCCGAAAACUUUGGAGCUUUCAACCUCUGAACUCAACGCUCAACUACUCUCGAUCUUUCUUCGAUUAGCCAAAGAAUUUCCUCAGCUCAAUUUCGGCCAGCAAAGACUAGACCCUGAUGUAGAAAAAGAUUUUAAAGAGGUUUUAUAUCAAGAGCUAGGCUUUGAGUUGGAGAGAAAAGAGAGCACAAUAAAACGAGCAGGAAGAGGUGUUUUCCUAAAGCGUGGCUUCAUACAAGCGGGACGAGUGGUUUGCGUGUACCCGGGCACAAUCUAUCAUCCGGGUGACUCAAUCUUUCUACCAUCUCUCGGCAAUCAGUUCGUUUUACGCUGCAAGGACGGGGUUUUCAUCGACGGCAAUGAUUCUCGUCUAAGCAAGUGGGUUUUCUCAUCGUGUGCGCGACGAGAUCUCGGCGAGAAAACAUGUGAUGAGACGUGGAUGAGCGAUCGACCGCUUUCUUUUCUCAAUUUGGGUCAAUAUGUGAAUAAUGCUUCAAAUACAAGUCAUAACGUUCAAUAUAUGGAUCUCGAUCUUCAAGGAUGGCCAUUUGAAACGCGAAGAUUUCUUCCCUACGUUUCCCGUGGAGAUGGAGGAAAUCUGAUGCGAGUGGUCUGUCUCGUCUCAACCACUCAAAUCGCACCGUCUCAAGAGCUUUUCUCUGCCUACAUCUCGACA